CGGUGCGGCCCCCCCGCCCCGCCGCGCCCCGCCCCGCCCCGGGCGCCCGCCGCCGCCGCCGCCGCCUCCGGAGCGGGCUGGGCGGGGGGGCCCGCGCCGUGCCGUGCCCGUACCGAGCCGUACCGAGCCGUGCUGUGCCGUACCGAGCCGCCCGCCCCUCGCCGCGCCGCGCCGCGCCGCGCCGCGGAGGAUGCUCGGGCCGUGAGCCCGCAGCCGGCAGCCCCGGCGCGGCGGAGCCAUGGGCAAGGACCAGGAGCUGGUGCAGGCGGUGAAGGCGGAGGACAUCGCGGCCGUGCAGAAGCUGCUGCAGAGGCCCAAGCCCGGCAAAGCCAAGCUCCUCGGAUCCGCAAAGAAAGUCAACGUCAACUUCCAAGACACCGAUGGGUUCUCAGCUCUGCACCAUGCGGCGCUUAAUGGCAACACGGAGCUCAUCUCGCUGCUGCUGGAGGCGCAGGCUGCGGUGGACAUCAAGGACAACAAAGGCAUGCGGCCCCUGCACUAUGCAGCUUGGCAAGGCAAGAAGGAGCCCAUGAAGAUGGUGCUGAAAGCGGGAUCCUCUGUGAACAUCCCAUCGGACGAGGGGCAGAUCCCCCUGCACUUGGCGGCACAGCACGGGCACUACGACGUGUCAGAGAUGCUCCUGCAGCACCAGUCCAACCCCUGCAUCAUGGACAACUCAGGCAAGACACCUCUGGACCUGGCAUGCGAGUUUGGCCGGGUCGGGGUGGUGCAACUGCUCCUGAACAGCAACAUGUGCGCGGCGCUGCUGGAGCCCAAGCCGGGGGACACCACCGACCCCAACGGCACCAGCCCCCUGCACCUCGCCGCCAAGAACGGCCACAUCGACAUCAUCCGGCUGCUGCUCCAGGCUGGCAUCGACAUCAACCGGCAAACCAAGGCGGGCACGGCGCUGCACGAGGCGGCUCUCUGCGGCAAGACCGACGUGGUGCGGCUGCUGCUGGAUAGCGGGAUCAAUGCCCACGUCAGGAACACCUACAACCAAACAGCUCUGGAUAUCGUCAACCAGUUCACCACCAGCCAGGCCAGCAAGGAGAUCAAGCAGAUGCUGCGGGACGCCUCCGCCGCUCUGCAGGUCCGGGCUAUCAAGGACUAUUGCAACAACUACGACCUGACCAGCCUCAACGUGAAAGCUGGGGACGUGAUCACGGUGCUGGAGCAGCACGCGGAUGGGCGAUGGAAGGGCUGCAUCCAUGACAACCGCACCGGCAACGACCGCGUCGGCUACUUCCCCUCCAGCCUCGUCGAGGCCAUAAGCAAGCGAACAGGGUCCCGCGGGGCCGACAUGAGCCCAUCACACCUCUCGCCGUCGCAGGGCGGAUCGGCCGCACCGGCUCCCACGGAGGAGAUCUGGGUGCUGCGGAAACCCUUCGCAGGUGGUGACCGCAGCAGCCUGGGCAGCACGGGCAGCGUGGCCUCGGCGCGCAGCUCGGGCAGCGGGCAGAGCGCGGGCAGCGGGGUGCACGCCCUGCACGCCGGCUCGGAAGGCGUCAAGCUGCUGGCAACCGUCCUUUCCCAGAAGGCUUCUGCGCAAGAGUGUGCCGUGGGCGAUGGGCCGGCCAAGGCGCAGGACAUCCCCGCAGGUGCCUCGAGGUCGCAGAGCGUGGCCAGCUCCCCCUACACCCCCCAGCCCCCCGCCGAGCCCCAGCUGAAGAAAAUGGAGCCUCCGUCGGAGGGGAAGAGCUCAGAGGCCGUGUACCAGUGGCUCUGCAAGUUCCAGCUGCAGCUCUACGCACCCAACUUCAUCAACGCUGGCUACGACAUCACCACCAUCAGCCGCAUGACGCCCGAGGACCUCACGGCCAUUGGUGUCACCAAGCCGGGGCACAGGAAGAAGAUCGCAUCUGAGAUCAACAACCUCAACAUCCCCGAGUGGCUGCCGGAGUACAAGCCGGCCAACCUGGCGCUGUGGCUCUCCAUGAUCGGCCUGUCCCAGUACUACAAAGUGCUGGUGGAGAACGGCUACGAGAACAUCGACUUCAUCACCGACAUCACUUGGGAGGACCUGCAGGAGAUCGGCAUCACCAAGCUGGGCCACCAGAAGAAGCUGAUGCUGGCGGUGAAGAAGCUGGCGGAGCUGCAGCGCGCCGAGCUGGGCAAGUACGAGCCGGGCACACUGAAGAGGAAGGCGGCAGCCGCAGCGUGCCCGGAGGUGCUGGCCAUCGAGUCCCCCCCACCGGAGCCACCCGAGUGCCAGUCACCCAAGAUGACCACGUUCCAGGACAGCGAGCUCAGCAGCGAGCUGCAGGUGGCCAUGACGGGCGAGGGCCCCGAGGAGCCCCCGGAGAAGGCGGCGAACCCCGCGGGACCCGGUUACCGCUCCCCGCCGGGGCUGGGCGGCCGCGCCAGGGUGAUGAGCAGCUCGCAGGAGCUGCUGGGGGACGGCCCCCGUGGUGCCCCCGCCGCGGCCAUCUCCAAGAGCCAGGAGUACCUGGCUGAUGGUGCUGGCGAGGGCCAGUCCGCGCCGCACAAGGAGGGGCGGCCACCGCGGCACGGGCACCCGGUGAAGCGCGCCAGCGUGCCGCCCGUGCCCGGCAAGCCCCGGCAGCCCUUCCCGGCUGCCAGUGGGCAGCUGACACCGCCGCAGACCCCUGGCAAGCCACGGCCACCGUCACCGCAGGGCCCGCCGGUGCCCCACGCCACCGCCAAGGUGAAGCCGACCCCGCAGUUGCUGCCACCGGGCGAGCGCCCCGCGUCGCCGCGCUCGCUGCCGCAGUCACCCACCCACCGCGGCUUCGCCUAUGUCCUGCCGCAGCCCGCUGAGGGCGAGGGCAGCCCCGCGGCCGUGCCCGUGCUGCCCGUGUCGGUGCCGGUGCUGUGCCUGCCGCCGGCGGGCGAGGGUGAGGAGGAGCCGGGCAGGCCAAAGAAGCGGGCGCACAGCCUGAACCGCUACGCGGCCUCCGACAGCGAGCAGGAGCGGGACGAGCUGCUGGUGCCGGACGCGGGGCCCUACGCCACAGUGCAGCGGCGCGUGGGGCGCAGCCACUCGGUGCGGGCACCCGCCGGCGGUGACAAGAACGUCAACCGCAGCCAGUCCUUCGCUGUCCGCCCCAAGAAGAAGGGGCCGCCGCCACCACCGCCAAAGCGCUCCAGCUCUGCCAUCUCCAGCGCCGGCAUGGCCGAGGACUUCCCCAAGGAUGGUGAAGGAGAGGCGGCCACCAGGCCCCCCGCCGCCACCGAGGGCGAGAGCCGCCGGGAGCAGCGUCGGGCCAGCGACCUGGGCGGCAGCGUGGACACGGGCAGCGCCGGCAGUGUGCGCAGCAUCGCGGCCAUGCUGGAGAUGUCCUCCAUCGGCGGCGGCGCAAGGGCGCUGGCGCUGCAGAAGCCACAUGGGGCACCAGUGCCGGCCAAGGUGCCCGAUGGCUACACCUGCAGCCGGGGCCCCCCCCCCGGCAGCCCUGACCGUGCGCGUGUGGCCACCGUCCUGGCCACCGUCAAGCACAAGGAGGCCAUUGGGCUGGACGGGGAGGUGGUGAACAGGCGCCGGACCAUCAGCGGCCCCGUCACCGGGCUGGUGGCAGCCGCCCGCCGCGAGCGCGCCGACAGCGUGCGGUCAGAGACAGGCACCGACGGCGCCGGUGAGCGGCUGCGGGUGGAGCGCGGCGGCUCCCCCGAUGGCAUCCCCUUCGCCGAGGAGGGCACCCUCACCAUCAAGCAGCGGCCGCGGCCACUGGGGCCAGCGCGGGGCGAGGCGGGCGAGGGGCUGUCCCCAGCGCACCGCCACGGGGACCUGGCCAAGGUGGAGGCCAGCGCCACACUCAAGCGGCGGAUCCGGGCCAGGCAGAGCCAGCAGGACGGCGUCCGCUUCGUGCUCACCGAGUCCGACACCGUCAAGCGCCGGCCCAAAGCCAAGGACAAGGAGCCGGCGCUGGAACCGGCCUCGCUCGCCGUCUACCAGAACGGCACCGGCACCGUGAAGCGGCGGCCGGCCUCGGAGCUGAGCGGUGCUGAGCCUCCCGCCACCCCGCCGCCCGCCGCCCGCCCCGAUGGCCCCGACUACGCCGCGCCACCCGCCGAGCACAAGAAGCCCUUCAAGCCGCCCGUGUCCCCCAAGCCCGUGCUGGCACAACUGCCGCAGAAGGUGCCUGGGCCACCCGCACCCAUGCCCAAAAAGGUGCCCAUCCCGAGCCCCGGCAGCCCAGAGGUGAAGCGGGUCCAUGGCACACCACCACCGGUGUCCCCCAAGCCCACGCCGCCCCCCACGGCGCCGAAGCCCCCCAAGCCCCACGCCGCCAUCCAGUCGGUGAGCGCCAGCUCGACGCCAGCCCCGUCCCCGGCGCGGCAGCUGGGGGCCAGCCCGGCCAAGCCGUCCAGCACGCCGCCCUCGCUGUGCUCCAGCCCUGCCAAGCCGCUCUCACCCGGCGCGCAGCCCGUGCCGGUGAAGCCGCCGCGCUCCGCCAUCGCCAGCCCCUCCGUGGACAGCGCCGGCUCCGAGCUGGCGCAGCAGAAGCUGGAGGAGACGAGCGCGUCCCUGGCCGCCGCGCUGCAGGCUGUGGAGGAGAAGAUCAAGCAGGAGGACAGUCAAGCGGCAGACUCUGCCGUGGAGUCGAAGAGCACCGUGAGCAUCCUGGACGACAUCGGCAGCAUGUUUGACGACCUGGCGGACCAGCUGGAUGCCAUGCUGGAGUGAGGGGCGCCAGGGCCCCCCGAACCUCAGGGCUUAUGUGGGCACAAGGGCACAACGAUCCACGACCCCCCCCCACCCCGGCCCUGCCGCCCUCCUCCCGUCCCCUUUGUACAGCCGUCCCCUCCCGGACAUCCCGUCCCUCGGGGUUUGCACAAAGAAGAAGAUACCUCAGGAUUGUGCUCACGGACUCGGCGCGGCUCCGGCAGAGCUUUUGCAGCAGCAAAAAACAACCCAACACCAGAAGCAGCAAAGCAACACAUCCCGGAUGGACACAGCGCCGAGAGGGGGGGGUCCUCGACCUGAUGGCCGCCACCAUCCCACCCGUGUCCUGCCAGCCCCGGUGCCGCGGCUCACCGCGAAUGUAGCACAAGCCCUGCCCGGCGCGGCGGCCCCGGCGCCAUGUGCCACCGGCCGAUGGCCCCGCAGGUGACUGCGCUGGUGGCGGGUCCGGGUGGGCAAAUGCACUUGGGUUUCUUUUCUCCUCAUUUCUUUUAACUCUUCCUUUGUCAAUGCUCUUUCUUCCCCUCCGCCGCGGUUGGGGGCGGCACAGGGGCCGGGGCUGCCCCAUGGAGGGAUGCUGGGGGGCAGCGGGACGUGCCCCUGCCCAGCCCCUCCUCGCAAGGGGGGGGAUAGGACAGUGAUAAGCUAUAAAGAAGUAUUAAUUUAUUGGAGGGGAAGGAAAGAAAGAUAUAAAGCAGAUUUCCCUCCCCCUUCGCCCCCCCCCCCAGAUAAUAAAAAGAAUAAACUUUAACAAAUAUAUAUUUAAAAGAUUUAAAAGUAUUAGCAAUUAUAUAUAAAGCAGUUUAAAAGAAAUCAAGAGAAAACUGGAUUUUAGCUUGAGAAGAAGAAGAAGAAAAAAACAAAACACUAUUAGAUUAUACUAAGCUGUGUGUCUUGUGGCAAACUCAUUCUCCGAGUAGCACAAUAUUUACCUGUUCUCUGGGUGGAAGGUUCGUGCAAGCGGUUUCGUUCCGUUGGGAUUCAGUGUUGGCGUCUUUCUGUUUUCUCCACCGUUCCGAACUCAAAGGAUGUGCCUUGUUUUCUGGAGGUUUUUGUUACUCCUUCUCCUGGAGGUGGUUCAUUUCUUUUGGAGCGUCUUCAGGCUUGGGUUGGGUUUCUUUCUAUUCGUUCUUUAUGGCAUCUGUUGGGGUGUGCGUGGGGUCUGUGCGUGUGUGAGUGCGUGUGUGUGCUCGCGGGUGUUCAUCCCGGUGUAUAUUCCUGUAUAAACUGGAGUUGGAGUCUGGUUCAGUCGCUUGAGUCCUGAUGAAUGCAUCUUUCUGCUUGUGGGGUCCAAAGUGUUGCUGGUCCUUUCUUUACCAGAGGCUACACAGUGGUCUCCAUCCCUCUGCCUUCCUCCUCCUCCUCUCCCUCUCUAUGCCCCUCUCCCCUCCCUCCCGUUGUGGUCGCUGAUCCAGAUGUGUUUGGCACAACUUUGACAUUUCUUUACAAAAGAGGAAAAGAAAAAAAAAACCAACAAAAAAAGACGUUAAAAAUAGCAAAAAAAUAAUAAUAAUAAUAAUAAAAAAAAUCACCCGCCUGAAAAUAUCUGUUGAAAAAGAAAAAAAAAAUGAUGUAUCUAAACCAGAAACCCCCAUAAAGUUCUACAUGAUGGAUAUAUACAUAUAUAUAUUUUUUAUGAUUAAGUUAUGGACUCUGUAUCGUAUCCCAUCUGUCGAGCUAUGCAUCUUGGUGCUUCUCCCCGCUCUCCUGUGCUUAGAUUUCACCUCUACUCGUCUUAUUCUUCCUAUUCUGAAUAGUAGGUGGCUCGUGGUGCUGUGAAGAAGUUUGCUCCUAUACCAAGUCUGGCAACAAAUAUUUAAAGAAAAAUAAAACGAAAUAAAACCCC